CCGCCAUUAUUGGAAGCAGAAAAAAAUAGACUUAAACACAACGUCACACAAUUUAUCCUGCAAGGGGCUUAAGAUCAGAAAGGAAAAUCCAACGCUUUCUACGGGCUGCUGUUCCUCUGAACGCAGCGCUUUGCUUAAUUGAAGCCAGAGCUUCCGAUCGCGUUUCCUCACGGACUCUUUUAUUUUUGACACAACAAAGGAAAUAAUAAUUGGUCAAAACAACGUGGUGGUGAAGCAAGAAGGGGAAAACACACCGAAACAGCUUUUCCCAACGCCUCCCCCUUUUUUCUCUUCGCAACACAGCCGAGCUGGAAAAGACUUGGAGUUCAUUUUUUUUCUUUUCCUGAUCAUAAAUUUAGUUGUUUGUGUUAUUUUCAGAGAAGGAAAAAGAAGAAACAGCUAUGCAUGUUGAAAACUCUCGGACUGAUGAAAACGAGCGCUUAAUGUGGGAAGCGAUGGACAGACGGCGUGUUUUACUGAGAGAAAAAAGCGGAAAAUAAUCGAUGUGAGCGCUUGCAGGGAGUGUUUUUGUCUGGUUUUAAAGUCUUUCCCCGGCUGUGGGUCGCAGAGGAGCCAGAGAGAGGAAGAAAGGAGUGGACGAGGAGCUGGAGACACAGGAAUGAUAUGGGCCAGACCUCCACCCAGUGAGCUCCUCUUGCAUGGAAGCCCUGCUUCAUUGGCAGCCUUCUCCUCUCCCUAGAGCUAGCAGCCAGCAUGGCAGGAUGAGCCUCUGCCAGCGACGAUGAUGGCCAAAAAGCAAGAUGUCCGGGCACCCACCUACAACCUGGUCGUGGUUGGGCUGUCCGGCACGGAGAAGGAGAAAGGCCAAUGUGGUGUGGGCAAGUCCUGCCUGUCUAACCGCUUUGUCCGACCAAGUGCGGAUGACUUCUAUCUGGAUCACACGUCCGUUCUCAGCACCAGUGACUUUGGAGGCCGCGUGGUGAACAAUGACCACUUCCUGUUCUGGGGAGAGGCUGGGAGAACGGUGGAGGAGGGACCAGAAUGCCGUAUGAAUGUGGUGGAGCAGACGGAAUUCAUCGACGAUCAGACGUUCCAGCCGCACCGUAGCACGGCGCUCCAGCCUUACAUCAAGAGGGCAGCUUCCACCAAGCUGGCUUCGGCUGAAAAGCUGAUGUACUUCUGCACAGAUCAGCUGGGCCUGGAGCAGGACUUUGAGCAGAAGCAGAUGCCUGAAGGCAAGCUUAUGGUGGAUGGCUUCUUACUCUGUGUGGAUGUUAGCAGGGGUAUGAAUCGUAGCUUUGAGGACCAGAUGAAGUUUGUUACCAACCUAUAUAACCAGUUAGCCAAAACGAAGAAGCCUGUGGUACUGGUUCUCACCAAAUGUGAUGAAGGAGUUGAGCGCUAUAUUAAGGACUCGCACACCUUUGCCCUAGCCAAGAAGAACCUACAGGUGGUAGAAACAUCAGCACGCUCUAAUGUCAAUGUUGACCUAGCCUUUCUUACACUGGUUCAGCUAAUAGACAAGAGUAGGGGAAAGCCUAAGAUUAUCCCUUACUUUGAGGCACUGAAACAGCAGAGUCAACAGAUUGCCUCUGCCAAAGACCGCUAUGAGUGGCUGGUCAACCGAAUUGUGAAGAACCACAAUGAGACGUGGCCAGCGGUCAGUCGCCGAAUGCAGACAGCCCCCGAGUACAAGGAAUAUGUUUUCCUUGAGGGCACGGCUAAAGCCAAGAAGCUCUUCCAGCAGCACGUGCAUAGACUGAAACAAGAGCAUAUAGAGAAACGCAGGAAAGCCUAUCUAAGUACUCUGCCACAGGCCCUGUCUAUACUGUUGCCAGAGUUGAGUGAGAUAGACCAUCUGAGCUGGUCUGGGGUUCAGAAAGUACUGGAGACAAAGAGAGAUUUCUCCCAGUGGUUUGUAGUGCUAGACGAUACACCUUGGGAGAUCACACCACAUAUUGAUAACAUGGAGGACGAUCGAAUCCCCCAGGACCUCCUGGAGACCCCAGCAGCUGAAGCUAUCUAUGAGGCCCAUCUGGAGCAGCUAAGGAAUGAGCGCAAAAGGGCAGAGAUAAGAUGGGAGUUCAAGGAGAAGCUAAGUGUCUCUCCUUUCAUCACACCAGGGAAACCGUGGGAGGAGGCCCGAAGCUUCAUCAUGAAUGAAGAGUUCUACCAGUGGCUCGAUGAAGUUGAAUAUCUGGAUAUCUACAACAAACAUCAGAAGGAAAUCAUUGACCGGGCCAAAGAGGACUUUCAGGAACUGCUUCUUGAAUACUCUGAGCUGUUUUAUGAGCUAGAAGUGGAUGCAAAACCAAGUAAAGAGAAAAUGGGAGCCAUUCAGGAGCUGUUGGGCGAGGAGCAAAGAUUUAAAGCUCUGCAGAAGCUACAGGCAGAAAGGGAUGCUCUAGUAUUGAAACAUAUCCACUUUGUCUACCACCCAACAAAGGAUACUUGUCCCAACAGCCCUCACUGUGUGGACAGUAAGAUAGAGCAGAUACUGGCAUCCAGAUUCCCCACUCGCUACCCAUCAUCAGACUGGAUGGGAGGGAGGGCUGAGCGGAUAAAUCUUGUCAUCCUGGGGAGAGAUGGGCUAGCUAGAGAAAUGGCGAAUGAGAUAAGAGCCUUGUGCACCAGUGACGACAGGUACGUGUUAGAUGGCAAGUUGUAUGAGUUAGCUCUUCGUCCCAUAGAGGGUAAUGUACGUCUGCCAGUCAAUUCUUUCCACACACCAACCUUCACACCCCAUGGUUGCCUAUGUUUGUACAAUUCAAAGGAAUCCCUCUCCUAUGUUGUUGAGAGCAUAGAGAAGCUUAGAGAGUCAACUAUUAGCCGAAGGGAAAGGGAAAACAGCUUAGCGCAGCUCCCACUGUCCCUCCUUCUGUUCACCAAGCGGGGGGUCGGGUCCAUAGGGGAUAUUGGGGGAGAGACAGCUCAAACUCUUAUACAGCAAGGGCAGCAGGUGGCUGGAAAGCUGCAGUGUGCCUACCUAGACCCUGCCUCCCCUGGCAUGGGUUAUGGCCGCAAUGUCAAUGAGAAGCAGAUCAGCCAGAUGCUGAAGGGCCUCCUAGAAUCACGGAGAAGCAUAGGUAGCAGCUCCCCUCCCUUACCUCCACCAUCCUCUGCCUUCAGAGACUCUCAGUCCCAGCCAGCGCUUGAGGCAGACUUGAGGAUAGUCAUCUGCCUUAUGUGUGGAGACACGUACGACCUAGACCAACUCCUUGCUCCCUUCCUUCUGCCACAGCAUUGUCGUCCCGCCUCCAGUCUCAGCAGUGGCACCUCUGUUCUGCUGGAUCUUAAUUUAGGAGGUCAGAAGCAGAACAUGGAGCUGUCACUGCUGUCCUUCCAUUCCUCAUUCUCCCUCCGCAAGACUGGUCUGGUCCAUGGCUACAUUGCAGUCUACUCUGCCCGCCGAAAGGCCUCCAUGGAGACAUUAUGUGCUUUCCUGUGUGAGGUCCAAGACAUCAUACCAGUCCAGUUGCUAGCAGUAGGAGAGAGUCAGAUGGAAUUGACAGACUCAGAAUCAGCGAAGGAGCAAGUCAGUCAGGGAGAGGAACUGGCCCAUGAAAUAGAGGCCAGAUUUAACACAGUAAUAUGUGGACAUGGUGGGGUAGUAGGGGGACUUCAUAAGAUAGACCUUUUCCAACCCUUCUUCAAAGAGGUCAUAGAGAAGCGCACUAUUGUUGAAGCCACACACAUGUAUGACAAUGUGGCAGAGGCAUGUACCAAUGAGAGUAUCAGCCCUCGCUGUGGUUCUCCUAGUCCAGUUAACAUUCUUUUGGACUCAGAGGAUGAUAUUGACCCUUCACCACCUUACCCUACCCAGAGGGAGGAUAGUCUCAGCUCCCACCUGGGAAGCUACAAGCUGCCAGAUCUGGAUUCAAGUGAUACAUUCUCUGUCAUUUGAGCUCAGCACUUUGAGAGCAAGCUGAACAACAAGGUUCCUCCACAAGUGAAGCCCAAACCCGUCCGUAAGGUUAAUCUUGGCCCAUACAUGGACCAGCAGGGAGGCACCAACCGCCGCUCUUUGCCCCAAACUGUUACAUGGGCACCAGGUAGCGAUGGUGGCUAUGACCCCUCAGACUAUGCGGAGCCCAUGGAUGCUGUGAGCAAACCUAGACCCACAGAAGAGGAGAACAUUUACUCUGUCCCUCAUGACAGCACACAGGGCAAGAUUAUCACCAUCCGCAACGCCAACAAGGGUCACUCCAAUGGGAGUGCUGGGGGGAAUGGAUCAGACAGCGAGGCUGAUAGCAGCUCAUUGGAGCGCAGGAGAAAGUUGUCUGCCAUUCAUGUAAAGCCUAAGCUUUAUAGAGACAGAUCCAAACGGCUUGGGAAGUUCAGCAAUUUUAGGACAAGCUUCUCUCUGGGCAGUGAUGAUGAGAUGGGGGGUCCACCCAAGAUUAGCCAGGAUGACGGAGGAGCACAGAAAGACUCCAUUGAGGAGAGUGAGGAUCCGAAAAGGAGAAAUAUUCUCAAGAGCCUGCGCAGAAAUACAAAGAAACCACGACCCAAACCCAGGUAUUCUAUCUCAAAACCCAUCGAAAGCAACUACUUUGGCAUGCCACUGACCACCGUGGUCUCCCUCGAGAGACCCAUCCCCAUCUUCAUCGAGAAGUGCAUCCGUUUUAUCGAAACAACAGGGUUGAGCACAGAGGGCAUCUACAGGGUCAGCGGGAACAAAGCAGAGAUGGAGAGCAUGCAGCGGCAGUUCGACCAAGAUCACAGCCUGGACCUGGUGGAGAAGGACUUCACCAUCAACACCGUGGCAGGAGCCAUGAAGGCCUUCUUCUCCGAGCUCCCUGAGCCUCUGGUACCCUACAGCAUGCAGGGAGAGCUGGUGGAGGCCUUCAAGAUCAACGAUAGGGAGCAGCGUUUCCAGACGAUGAAGGAUGUUCUGCGCCGCUUCCCCAAGGAAAACUACGAGGUCUUCAAAUAUGUCAUCAGCCACUUGAACAAGGUGAGCCAGCACAACAAGUUGAAUCUGAUGACCAGUGAGAACCUGUCCAUCUGUUUCUGGCCCACACUCAUGAGGCCGGAUUUCACCACCAUGGAUGCCCUGACUGCCACCCGCACCUACCAGACAAUCAUCGAGAGCUUCAUCCACCAGUGCGCGUACUUCUUCUACAAUCAGCCGCUGGCCGACGGUCUGCCAGGCUCCCCCACCUCCACACUCUCUGGGGGAGGAACCUCGGCUUACUCCUGCAUGGCCGGCGGCUACUCAUCCUCACCGACUCCGUCCCCGACUCCCUACGUCCUCCCCGCAACUCCUCCCGUCAUCCCCCACUAUGGCCCUCCGAUCCACCAUCAUCACCACCACCACCACCACCAUCAACACCAGUCCCCUCCUCAUUCCCCACCUCCCACCCCUCAGUCCCCGAUUCCAGCCUUGCUGCCGCUCCCUGCAUCCCCACCACCCCCCAACGGAACAACACACGCUGUGAACCAGGGAUCAAGGGAAAGAGAAAAAAAACAUAAAGACGGAUAACAAGAUUCAGCGAUUCAAGGGUUCAGGAUGAGAGAUUUCGCCGUUUGGGAAGGAACUGAGGAAGAUAAAUUGAAACAAGAACAGGAGCUAGGAAGUGAAGUUGGGAGAGACUGAGCGAGAUGCAGUAUGUACAGGGAGAAAACAACACAUUUGGGAGAAGAAAGGGGGCGUUUGAGUCCUCUGUUGCUUUUAGAAAAAAUGAACACACAUACAAGCCAGGAAGAACCUUUGAACUGGCAGUAAGAUCUUUCUUCCUCCCCGCCACUUUAAUCCCUUUUGUCUCUCAGUCUCACUUCAUCUAGACCUGCCCUCCUUGCCUUAUAGCGAAUCUACACACAAACACACUAAUGACGAGUGAGAUGUUGCCAGUAAUUGUUAAAGGGACUCAGGGAGGGAUUAAGAAGUACAGUGCAAAGGGGGAAUGUGAACUCUGUAAUGUUGGAACUGCUUCAGCGUACACGCAACCACACACACAUGCACUCAACACAAACAGCCAGUGGCCAGUGUGCCUCCAAACAGCCGUUCUCCUCAAUCUCUCAGCUCCUAACUGUGCUGGGAAAUAUGGUGGCCAGCACACGAUUUGUUUGGUUUUGUUUUGUCUUUUCUGUUUUUGUUUUUUUUCUUUUUAGCAAAACCAACCCACCUGCUGUACGUUCCUGGAGGCUGUGGCUGGGAUGAAGUGGAGCAGACAGCAAGUCCUGAACAUGUUUUGUUUAUUUCACCACUGUACAGAGGACUUAAGCAAGAAACACGUGUUACUACUCACCCGACAGGAUGUUCUGUCCUCCGCGACUCACAAAUUCCUAUCAGUCAACCCCUUUCACAGCCCCACACACACACACACACACACACAAACAAAAUCAGUUUUAGUCAAGGCAAUAUGCCAAGCACAGAAGAAAAAAAAUCUCGACCGACUGGAUCUGCUGGGCAGCAAAUUGAAGCAAGGGAUUAUGGGUGCUGUGACACCCAUGGCAUUCUGGGAAGGCUCCUCCCAGUCUCCUAUUUGCUCUCCCUGUCACUUUGAACUUCAGCCUCAUGCUUUGUCCUUGUAAACACAUGAAAAAACAGCUUAACAUGAUUUUUUUUUUAGUCUAAAUCUUCAUUCCACGCUCACAUCAUUCCCUCUGUGUUUAUAUUAAGUUGUUUAUUUGAUAAGUUCCAGGCCGAUCUGUUGAUGAGGGUGUAAGUGUGUGUCUGGCUGUCUAUCUGUCUGCCUGCACCUGUACCCAUGCCUGAAUUUCCCUGUAUUAGACAGAUAGUGGGAAUAAUUCCAGUGUUGGACCUUCACCUGUCAUGUUGCUUCUUUCACGCUGUGGUGGUUUUACAAGCGAGCUGGUGCUGCAGUUUUACGUAGUAAGGACCUUGUUCAAAAAAAGCACUUUUCUGAGCACUUUGAAGGCACAUUUUUAAAUUGGGGCUGUUGAGACAUGACAGCCACCAUUCACUUUAUUGUCAGUCCACCCUACUCUGUCUCUCUCUCUCUCUCUCUGGGAGCACACCACUGACAUCUAGAGGAAGAAAUGGGUUGCAGCCAUAACCUCACUUCCACUACUGCAUGGGCGUAGCACCAUUCUCCUUUACUGUUGUUUUUUUUUUUCUUUUUUGUAGCAUCAGAUCCUCUCAUAGGUGCAAUCGUCAAGAUUAAUCUUCAUCGUUUGUCAGGUGGAAUUAACUUAAGUGUACUAGUAUAAAUAAAAGAACUACAGCAGUUUCAAAUCUGGUACAAAUUAAUCGAGAUUAUAUAGAUCUAGACUCUGUAGCCACAAGCAUGUGGCCACAUUGCAGUUGGUUUAUCAUGCAGUGAAUGAAAUUGCCUCUGUCUUUUGUUGUUAGUUUCCAGUUCCCUUUGGGGCGCAAAGUCAGUCCUUUGUAAAAGAGUUUAUUCCACUUCCCACAUACCAUAUUUUAGUGGAAGGAAAUGAAGACAGACUGAGGCACAAUGUAGCAUUGCAGGCCAGAAAGUGAGAGCUGGAAAGAAGCCUUGAGCUUUGACAGGUGGGAGGCUUUUUAUACUUCGAAAUAAUUGGUAACCACUUCUCCAAGCCCCAGCAUGAUGUCCUCUUAGGACACAGCGUUACAUCUCUGGAACGGACACUCAAACUUGUCUCGGUGGACUCAAAAUAUAAUUUGCAGGAGUGUAAGUAACCACUACACCGGUCUCCCCCCCUGCCUCCGCUGUCACUGUUGUGCCACCACAUCCCCUAGUCGUUCCCUGUCCAAGAGAGACAGUUGGGUCUGGGAGAGACAGCAGACAGAACAGACAGUCCAUUCAUCCGUCUGCAUGACUGGAAUGGAGCAUCACAAAAUUCCUCAGCCCAGCCUGCUGUUACCGUAGAAACCAGCGAGAUGGGGCUCGAGGAGAGUUGCUGAGCCCCGAUCGAAGCAGGUUUCAAAAUGUGUGUGUGUUUGUGUGUGCGCGUUUGUGCACGUGUGUCUCUGUGUGAGUGGGCGCGUGUGAACUUAUGCGUGUUAAUGUUAAACAGAUGCUCACCAAGGUCACCGUUUGACACUGAAUUGCAUCUCUGCAUGUCUCUCCAGACUGCCCUCACUGCCCGAAAGAUGGAGGGGAGAAAAAAAACGCUUUCAACCAAUCACUGAACUCUUGAAGGAGCUUUUAUCUGUCCACACUACCUAUUUACCUUGUGUGUGGGUGUAUGUAUGUUUGUAUGUGUGACAGAGGAAUUAGGAGUGUGUGUUUGGGCGGGUUUCAGGCUAACAUGCUAGUAAGCUGUGCUUGGCCAGCAGCCAGACACCAGCAUGAUCCAAACGAACGAGAAGGAGAGGAAUGCAGCUCUCCUCUCGGUCAUUACCCCACUGUGUAACCCUGUUAGCUCGUCCAGAUUACACACACUGAUCCUCAGAGAAAGUGUGAGAGAGAUGGCGGGGAGAUAGAGGGGGGGAGAGGGAGGGAAGACAGACAGCAAAUGGGUGAAUGGGAUCAUUAUUUGGGAGAGAUGGAGGGAGGAAGGAGGGGUGACCACUGGUACUUGUGUGUGAACGCCGGCCAGUGGCGUUCCCUGUGUAUAUCAAUGUGUUAAUACUGAACUGACUGUGAGGCAGCCAAAGACUGUGGAAAAAAAAAGGGGGUUUGAGGGGAGAGACGGGAAGCAAAGUGACAAUUUAGAAGAACAGUUGAAUUUUUAAAAAAAUGUGACUUUGGUUCAGCGAUAUGUGGCUGCAUUGCUUUUCUUUUUCUUUUAUUUUCUCCUUUUUUUGCAACAAUGGUGACAGAUGUCUGUUAAGUUAAAUUGAGAAACAAGCAAAACUAUAUUCAAAUGGUUGUUUAUUGAUAUGUUAGGGGGUCUAACACUUUGCCCUUUAGUCAGUGGUGAUAGAAAAAAAAAGUUUCUUUUUAUGUUUUAUUUUAAUAAUUAAAAAAUACACAGCAUUUUUUUUUUAACAAUUUCUUUGUGAACGAUUGAGAGACCAGCCCAGUAUAGUGCAUGAUUUCUUCCCGACCGAGGAAGAGGGCUCCACCACUCUCACUAUUUAAGAGAUGAUUAAAAAAUAUUAAGAAAUAAUGGGGAGGGGCGGGAUGAAAAUAAUGAAAAAAUACAUAAAUGAAGUACUGUAAACUGAAAAGAUAACAUCAAACAAAAAAACUGUCAUUAUUUGCUGAGUAUGGUAAUUUGUCUCAAUGGGAAUGGUGUAUACAGCAAGGCCUUAUGUGAUCUGUAUCAUAGUUAAUAAAUCAAAUCUUGUAAAA